AUGAAUGCAGAGUCGGCAGCUUCACAACGAAACUUCCAAAGGGUUGCACUCAAUGCAUUGCUCCAUCAGGGCCAAUCGAUGCAGAACAUCCGUGGGGAGGGGCAUUCAGUGUCCGAAAGACGCAACCUACAAACCUUGAACUAUCUCGAUACUGGGAGUGCGCCCUUACUGCCGACGGGCGAUCCCUCCAACGACCUUGCUCUAGGACCUUCAGGUACUCAUGGCCCAUGGUUGCAGGCUGAAUCAGGGUGGCAAGGUUCAGAAGUUGGACAUCCACGUCACGACAGUACAAGCAAUCGCCGACUCCAACCUCGGCGGGAGUGCGAUUGGGGUUGCAAUUGCUCGUGUCAUGCGUGUCGGUCGUUGACAUCUCUGGAGCGGUUAUGCUCGAUCAUAGGCAACGUUUCAGUCAAAUUUAGAGCACCUAGAGGCAAUUCCACCUGCGAUCCACAAUCCUGCCGCCGAAAGUCUGCACCCAUGAUACAGAUCGACUACCUCUUCCCCCCAUGGAUGCUCAUGGCCAUUACAUCAACCACGAUAACUGUCCCCAGCUUGCAUUCCUGGAACAUCACCUUGCGAGUUUGCAGAGUCGUUCCGGAUUCAGCCAUUAUCUUCCGCUUUGCUUUGGACGGCAAUCUUCAAGGCAUGAAGAUGUUGUUUGAUGCAGGAUCCGCUGCAGCACAUGAUGUUGACGCUAGCACUGGAACAUCUGCUUUACUGUAUGCUACCGAUAGAGGCCAUAUCGACGUGUGGAGAUUUCUUCUGAAAGCAGGAGCAGAUCGUUGUCAGGAGACUAAAACCCACCACUCACCGAUGGAUGUUGCGAGUGGCCGUAUCUUAGGCGGAACGGCAUCACCGGAGAUCACAACAGCAUUGACCGAGGACUUUGAUAUCGAAGAACACCUCGAGGAGCGACAACUUCCCGUUCUUCACAGAAUUGUUCUAGGUCUAGCUGAGGCGGAUUUAGAAACCCAGCUGCGAUUGUCAACUAUGGUUAAGAUCAACGCAUUAGACUACCAAGGCCGUACAGCGCUGAGCUGGGCGGCCAUUAGAGGAGACAGUGCAUCCCUGAAUCUACUCCUGAAGUACGGCGCUGACCCGAAUGUCGUCGCCUACAAUGGCGACGCGCCACUUCAUUACGCGACGAGGGCGCCUGUCCCACGCUGUGUUAGGCCCUUGCUUGAGAGUGGUGCGGAUGUCAAUGCUGUGAACGCAUGGAAGGUAAAUCCAUUGGCGUACACCACGGCGUUUCGAGACGACCUUCGGUACUUGAAACCCUUGUUGGAGAAGAGCGUCGACAUGGAACAUAAAGAUAGGCACGGACGCUCGGCACUAAUGCGCGCAGUCCUCAACAAUCGUCCAAACCUAGUCAAGUGCUUGCUAGGAAAUGGUGCAAAGCUUGCACAAGCCGAUGCUUGGGGUUUCCGGCCGCUGAUGGUAGCUGUUGAGCGCAAGUUUCACGCAGUUGCUCACAUCAUUCUGCAGAGCAGUACUUCUGUAUUGAGCGAGGAACCCCUCUCGUCUAUUCUCGAAAUGGCUUUGGUCUCUGGCGACCGUCAAACCGUCGAGAUGCUUGAAGGACUUCAGUCACGAGUACUGAACGCUGGUGAGGAGGAUUCUGAAGUUGUAGGAGCUGCUGCCAACGACUUAAAAGACCUAGGGACACAGAAUGUAACGUCCCCAGCUCAGACUGCCUUGCAGGCAUGGCCUCUAACAUUCCGCAGGAUACGACACAUCUUCAACAAGCUGCACGAGCCCUUACAACUGGUUUCCAAGCUUCAAAACCCGCGGUACCUGUUUUAG